AGAAGGAGAAGUCUUGAGAGCUGGAGUAGCAGGGCAGAAGAGUGUGGGCCAGAACAGAUUGGGUCACAAUUAGGAUAACUCAGCAGUGAAUGGAUACCUACGUGGUGUCAAAUAAGAUACUCUAAAUGUUGUGCUUUGUAUUCGGCACAAGUUGGGACUUUGCUGUUCUGAAUCCUUAGGUUUAUUCCUGUUGCCAUAAUCUCUUAACAUUUGGGGUUUAUGGUUCCUGCUUCUGGAAGAUGAUGGCAACUUUAUGGUCUUUCCGUUUGUCCUUGUGCCACCGGUGAGCUGCCUGGACCUAAUCAGCUCAUGGCUUUGAUGGAUUUGCUCUGUAGUAAAGCCGUGCAAAAACUGGGAAGUGCUGCAUCAGAGCUUUUGAAUUUGGACCACUUCCAGUCCUGACAUCCAGAAACUCAUCCCUAUGAAUGGCAAAGACAAAGGGGCUGGAUGCAAAGGAGGAAGCAUGGUAAAGGCAGAAUCAUUCCAGGAUUCAUGGGCUCUUUGAGAGAUGAUCAGAGGGAGGCCAGAUGAUCUGCACAACACACACACCACUGUCUCUCAUCUGCAAAGGCAGCAUCGGAGCGUUCUCCCCGGUCCCGCACCACCCGGCUUGCCUGAUCGUUUCCGGAUGUUUCGAAGCUGCGAGUGGGAAGUCCUGGAGCGAUCCCUCAAUAUCCUCCAGGCCAGUGACUUCUACUGGGGCCCCUUGUCUGUGGGGGAGGCUCAUGCCAAGCUCCAGCGGGAGCCCGUAGGCACCUACUUGGUGCGGGACAGCUCGCAGGGGAACUGCUUGUUCAGCCUGAGCGUGCGGAUGCCCACGGGGCCUGUCAGCCUUCGAAUCUCUUUCCAGAAGGGCUAUUUCCGCCUCAAGAACUGGUUUUCAGACUGCGUGGUCCGGCUGCUGGAGCUGGUGGUGGCAGGGACCCGGAACAACCCCUUGCACUUUGAUGAGAUGGGGGGAACUCCCCUGGUCUUCUCUGAGCCCUUGUGCCGGAGCCGCCGGGCAGUGCCUACGCUGCAAGAACUGUGCUGCCGGAGACUCCCUGCCGGUGCCAUGACGGAGGACAGAGCAGGGCUGGGGGGCUCCUUGGGGAUGUGUUUGAGGGAAGAAGCCUUCUCACCCCUGGACAGAAGGGGAGGAUCAGAAGGGAACGUUGGCCCCAGCCCUUCUCUGUGCCGGGCUGGAAGAUGAUGCCACGAAGGGAGAUGCCUCUUUUAUGGCUGUGCUGGUGGGAUGUGCGCCACACCAGUGAGGCUGGACUGGUUGCUGGGAGAGGAAAGGGGAGGGCAGAGGGAACAGAGCUUGAACCCGGGUGGCUGUGACAGGUGUGUCCUCAUACAUACACAGUGAGUGUGACUUUACCCAGACAUGCCUGGGGUAAAGCCAGACCUGAAGAGCACUUUUCCACUGCCACCAAGUUCUGCUCUUUGCUCCAUUUAUAACUUAAAAGCUUCAGAAAAAGGUGAGUUGCCUGUCCUCCCGUGUCAGCCCUGUGUUCUCUUCUACCCCAAAGUGAUUGAGCUCAUUUCUGCCUCAAAUCUGCCCUUGUGGAGUGCAGCUGGGUCCAGUCCCACAGCAGUGCAGCUUGGACAUCAAUGGGCGUGACCCUUGUGCUGACCCAUGAAGCUGUGGUGGAGCAAGAGCUCGUUUCGCUCCUUGAAGCACAAAUGUGAUGCCUGUUACUUCAGAAGCUGGUGUUUCCACCAAGUGAAACCAUUGCAGCCAUGUACGAUACAUGCAGCUUCACUGGCUUUUGCAUUGCUUUAUUUGGUUGGAUUUCUGAGAGUGAAGAUGGGUUAUGCUGUACUUAAGGGCAUGGCAUUCCUGCAGAGAUAACUCUGGUGUGGAGAGUUGUAUCUGCCCUGGGAGGGUGUGAAGAGAUGGGGUCCUGCACCCUGUCUUAAGAUCGUCUGAUAGUGUACUGCUGCCAUCUGUUGAGCAUCAGAAGAUACUUUGGUUUUGCCUCUGAAAGGGCAAGGAAUUUUUUUAUAAUUUUUUUAUAUAAACUUCUAAAAUUGAAAUAAAAUUUUUAUAUUGAUUUUUAAAA